AUGAACUUCCAGGUGACAGGCCUGGGCCUGGACAAGAUGAAGCUGGACAGUCCCCAGUCCUUCCUGGACCAGGAGGAGGCCGAGGAGGCUGAGGAUCAGCAGCUGCUGGAGCCAGAGGCUUGGAGGGCCUACAUGGAGCACCGCACGGCGCUGCGCGAGUUCCUGACCUCGGACCUGAGCCCCCACCUGCUCAAGCGCCACCAUGCCCGCAUGGAACUGCUCAAGAAGUGUUCCUACUACAUCGAGAUCCUCCCCAAGCACCUGGCCCUGGGGGACCAGAACCCCCUGGUGCUGCCCAACACCAUGUUCCAGCUCAUCGACCCCUGGAAGUUCCAGCGCAUGAAGAAGGUGGGCACCGCCCAGACCAAGAUCCAACUCCUGCUGCUCGGGGACCUGCUGGAGCAGCUAGACCGUGGCCGCGCCGAGCUGGACGCUCUGCUGGAGUCGCCUGACCCGCGGCCCUUUCUGGCGGACUGGGGGCUGGUGGCACAGAGGCUGGCAGACCUGUCGGCGGUCAUGGACAGCUUCCUGGCCAUGAUGGUACCUGGGCGCCUGCACCUCAAGCACCGUCUGGUGUCUGACAUUGGCACCACCAAGAUCCCGCACAUCAGGCUCAUGCUGAGCACCAAGAUGCCCGUUAUGUUUGACCGAAAGGGGUCGGUGGCCCACCAGGACUGGGCCAGCCUGCGCUGGUUUGUCACCAUCCAGCCAGCGGCCCCGGAGCAGUUCGAGCUGCGCUUCAAGCUGCUGGACCCACGGACACAGCAGGAGUGCAUGCAGUGCGGCAUCAUCCCUGUGGCCGCCUGCACCUUCGACGUCCACAACCUGCUGCCCAACCGCUCCUAUAGGUUCACCAUCAAGAGAGCAGAGAGCUACACGCUGGUGUACGAGCCUUGGUGGGACAGCCUCACCCUGCAGACCAGGCCGGGGCCCCCAGAAGGGCCCACCCCCAGUCGGCUAGGCAAGCCGGGCCUGCCCCUGACCACACUCUCUGAGAGAUGAUUUUCUAAUAUUUAUCCACUAAUAAAGACUAUAAACACACACAC